CGAUCUUCUCCGAAAACUGCGUUUUAUGGUUUUUUUUUCUUUUGUAUUUUUUUCUUCUCAAACCCAAAAAUUAGGGUUCCGGUUAAGCAACAAAAUCCCGUCGUUCGUCGUCGUGGUCGAGAGGUGGUUUAGUUAUAUGCUAUCUGCGACCGCAGCUCUGAAUUCUCCUCGAAAAGGAUGCUUUGAAGACUCAUAUACAAGUUCCUGCAUUCUCCUUAAGAAAUGGGGGAGCAACGUCAGAUUAGAUCACGUUCUUGGAAUAGAAUGCCAACCAAAAGAUGCAGUGCAAAUGGCAUAUUGAACGAGUUUAUUGUUGUAGAUGAUGAUGAAGUUAUCAUUCUUGAUUUUCCCGAGUCAUCAAAAGGCAAAGCCUCGAAACGACCAAGAACCAGGAAUGAGCCCAUUUUGAAGCGAGUGAUUAGCCUUGACGAUGAUGAUGAUGAUGAUGAUACAGUACAUGUUCACAAAGGUGGGAGUAGUUCAAGCCGUAACUCUCUUGCCGCUAACUUGCAAACAUCUGCUGAAGUGGAUAAUGACGACUGCCAAUUCGUUCAAGAAAAAUAUGCUGCUUUUAGAUUUAGAAAGUGCAAACAGACUUUCUCUACAAUGCCCUCUUCUGGAAUUCGAUUUGGUCUAGGUCCUGAUUCUGAAAGUGAUUUUUCAGAGAGCGACUGUUCUGAUUGUGAGAUUUUAGAAGAUUCUCAUGGAGAGGUCCGCGAGCAUUGGGAGAAAGCUUUCUUGAAAAAAAUGAAGAAAGCAGGUAAUGUUGGUCUGAGUGAAGAGGCUGGUCCUUCCAAUAUCCAUUGUGACACUAAUUUCGCGCGUGGUUUUGAAAGUAGAAGUGAACAACAAGAUCAAACAUCUUCGUUCUUUGCUGCAAGAAAUCCAGAUAGUAGAAAAGAAACCUCCUCAACUUUCUUUGGAACCGAAAAAUCAGGUAAAGGUGGUCUGAGUGAGGAGGCUGGUCCUUCACAUCUCCACUAUGACACUAAUUUCGGUUCUGGUUCUGAAAGUAGAACUGAACAGCAUGUUCAAACAUCUUACUUCGUUCCGGCAAGAAACCCAGAUGGUGAAAAACAAACGUCUUCGACUUUCCUUGGAAGUGAUGAUAGAAAUCCUGGUACGUCUUUAUUUGGUUCGCAAACAGAGGAAGACAACCGAGCUAGAGAGAAAUUUCCGUGGUUUUCGUCACCGUCACCUGAAAUACAACGCGAACCUGAAAGGUCUGAUUCACCAUCAGCUAAUUUUACUUCGUCAAAAGAACCGAUACAUCAAAAUGGUUUCAAAGAAGUUGAUGAACAGGCAGACACAGUGCGAGUUCAGCCCAAAGAGAAUCAAAAGAAAAAGGUAGCAGAUCAGUCUUAUACGAAGGAAGUUGUAGAAGAAGAAGACGCCUCAAAAUCUUCUCGGCCACAGACCUCUGAUGGGGAUAGAGAUACAACGCAUGUUCUAGGCACCCAGAGUUUAGGUGAAUCAAGUGAACCGAUCAUUGAUCCUAUCCCAUCUACUAGUGGACAAUUGCAAGGUCUUCAUGGUACAGCUCCUACAAUAGAUGUCAUGCUUAACAGAGAGAAGUUGAAAGAGACAGAUGAAUACAAGAAAGCACAAGAAGAGGAAUGGGAGUCCAGGCAACGGCAAUUACAGCUCCAGGCAGAAGAAGCUCAGAGGCAACGUAAGAGAAUAAAGUUAGCAAACACGCGACAGUUGGAGAUGGAAAGAAGGCAAAAGGAGAGGGUAGAGGAAGUGAGAGAGACACAGAAGAAGGAUGAAGAAAGCAUGAACAUGAAAGAGAAAGUCCGUGCAGAAAUAACCAAAUCGCUUAAACUUCUUGAACUCAAAUGCAAUAACAUGGCGUCGUUGCUUCGAGGCUUGGGGAUUUCUGUUGUUGGUGGAACAUCUCCUAUGCCACAUGAGGUACACGCAGCGUACAAACGAGCCGUACUGAAAUUCCAUCCGGACAGGGCAUCAAGAGGUGACAUCAAACAGCAAGUCGAAGCAGAAGAAAAAUUUAAGCUUAUUGCUCGUAUGAAGGACAAAUUUUUAUCCUAACAUUGACCAAUGACGAUUUUAUUUGUCUUUUUUUUUUGGGGAUUCGUAGAAGAGAUAAAUAUUUUUGUAAAUCAGUUUUCCAAUAUUAUCCAACAAAAAACAAAACUGUUGGAGGUAAAGCAAAAAAAAAAAUAGAACAA